UUGGGUAACACGCAUAUUUUGUCCUGUCCUGUUUAGGGUUAGAUUCCCAGACACCGAAGCUUCAUCCACAAAAACUGCUUAUGGCUCGUUCAAACUAUAAAGUGGGUGCCAGAGAGUGUUGUGUUGAGUUGAGUUCAGGCAGAAUGGACGUAAAAGACUACCCACUCAAGCUUUACUUCAUCCCCUACCUCGCAGCGGGUCACAUGAUCCCUCUCUGCGACAUAGCCCAAUUCUUCGCCUCACGCGGCCAUCACGUCACCGUUAUCACCACCCCUUCCAACACCCAACACCUUAAACCAUCCCAUAACUUCCGUCUCCACACCCUCCAAUUCCCUUCCCAAGAAGUAGGCCUGCACGACGGAAUCGAAAACGCGACCGCCGUCACCGAAAAAUAUAAUUCCUAUAAAAUAUACACGGCCACCAUGCUGCUCCGCCAACCCAUCGAGAGUUUCCUGGAGCAGGACCCACCGGAUUGCGUCGUCGCCGAUUUUCUAUACCCCUGGGUCCAUGACUUGGCAAACAAGCUUCGCAUCCCCAGGCUCGUUUUCAACGGAUUCUCCCUCUUUUCCAUUUGCGCCAUGGAGUCCGUCAAAACGCUCAGCAUCCAUGCCACCGGUCCCUUUGCCAUUCCCGAUUUCCCUCACCACAUCACCUUGAGCUCAUCUCCGCCCAAGAACGCACGGGAAUUCUUGGAACCCCUACUCGCGAUGGCGCUCAAAAGCGAUGGUUUCAUUAUCAACAAUUUUGUGGAGCUUGACGGGGAAGAAUACAUCAGCCACUACAAGAGAACUACUGGGCACAAGGCCUGGCACCUCGGGCCAGCGUGUCUUGCUCGCAGAACCACCUUGGAGAAAGCGGAGAGAGGGGCAAAGAGCGUGGUGAGUGUGCAGGAGUGUGUGAGUUGGCUUGACUCGAAGCAAGUGAACUCGGUGGUGUACAUAAGUUUUGGUUCCGUCUGCUAUUUCCCGGAUAAACAGCUUUUCGAGAUAGCAUGCGCUAUAGAAGCGGCGGGUUAUGGAUUCAUAUGGGUGGUUCCGGAGAAGAAAGGAAAGGAAGAGGAGAAGGAAGAAGAGAAAGAGAAAUGGCUACCGAAGGGGUUUGAGGAGAGGAAUGGAGAGAAGGGGAUUAUUAUCAGAGGCUGGGCUCCGCAGGUGCUUAUCCUGAACCAUCCCGCUGUUGGCGCGUUCCUUACGCACUGCGGGUGGAACUCCACCCUGGAGAGCGUAGCUGCUGGGGUUCCCAUGAUUACGUGGCCCGUUCACAGCGAACAGUUCUACAAUGAGAAGUUAAUAACGCGGGUGCGGGGGAUUGGGGUGGAGGUGGGCGCAGACGAGUGGAACUUCUCUGCUUUCUUCGAGAGUAAAAAGCUUGUGGACAGAGCUUGCAUAGAGAAGGCUAUGAGGAGAAUCAUGGACGGCGCUGAUGAAUCCUUGCUAAUCAGACGGCGAGCAAAAGAGUUUGGGAAAACUGCCAUACAAGCUGUUCAAGAGGGUGGUUCAUCGUACAACAAUUUAACGGCUUUGAUUGAUCAUCUCAAACGACUGAGAAACUCCAAGUUAGAGUGACUCCGUUUAAUACGAUGUUCCUCAAACUCUUCGUCAAGAAGUAUAUAUGCAUUGUAUCCCAAAUAAUUUAAAAAUACUUCUUUCCCUAUAGUUCUCCUGUGUUUUUCCUAAACAUGUUGCAAAUUCCAUUAAAUACAAUUCUUUGUUACUUAAUUACUA